AUGAAGACGAGAACGAUGAUAACAUCUUCAGGUGGUGCCGCAUAUUGUUGCCUUGAGCAUAAGAAUAUGAAGCGACCACCAAAGACUGCUCAUCAUCAUCCAGCGAAAGGCAACAUCGCGAAUGGUGAUCGAAGGACCAAAAAAGAAUCGUUCAUGUGGAAGAUAUACUAUGUGACUAUUUUGGUAGUGAUUGUAUCGAUUGGUGCACAAUACUAUUAUCAUAAUUACAUCUAUUUACCGGGUCUUAUCUCACAAAAAUCCGAAUUGCCUGUGCUCGACUUGGGGUUGGAUCGGAAGCAAUGGGGCACAUAUCGAUCUCAUUUAUACUUCGGCCUGCGUACUCCCCAUCCAGAUUCACCAUUGUUUGGAAUGAUUUGGUACGAACAACCUGGUAUGAAUGUGAUGGUUCCACCAGUAAGACAUUGGUGUGCUCAAAAUGAAGGUAUCAAAAGUUUCGGUUGGAAUCUGGCAGACGGUCGAAGUUUUGGCUGUCAAACCAUUCGUGAUACAUCGUUUGAUUUGAAAACAGAUUGGGUUAAUAAGCAACAUUCGUGGACAGCUAGAGUUAGCACAGAGUCAACGCUCGACACAAAAGUGGCAUUGAUUUUUUAUUUGCUUGUUCAGGAAGAGGAAUCGUAUUUGCACUCUCUGAAUAAUGGCGCAGAGUUGUUGGAUUCAUUCAGUGGUUUUUCUCGGCUGCUUGGUAAUUUCACGGUAAAGUUCGUUGCGAAAGCAUCACCGAAUCAUGAACGUUCAUUUCUGGCUGAUCGUUCAAGUGAACAUCUAGACAUCACAAAGAUUAAGGAAACGAUAAUAUCAGUAACGGAAGUGGAUCGGAACUAUCAAACACUUCGGUUGCCAAACAGAUACAUGAGUAAUGAGGAUAUUGACGGUGAUGAGCGGAUGAAAUUCAUUGCCGUUCAGAUUAAUUUGCCUAUGAAUAGCAGCGUUGAGAUUUCAUUUGCGAACGAUGAAACGGAACCACCGAGAAGUGAACAAUUCGAUACGAUCUUGAAAGAGCGUACUGAAGCUUUCACUGAGAAAUUCGAGCGUAUUUUCGGUUUGGCUGCAAAGAGUUAUUCGGGUUUCUAUCAAUAUAUGGGUCGUUAUGCAUUAUCGAAUAUGUUGGGUAGUAUCGGUUACACAAGUGGCUUUAAUCGUGUACAAAGUAUUUUCUCAACAAAGCAAUCGAAAUACGGUAAACAUGAAUUGUUCACUUCAUGCCCUUCACGCUCCACAUUCCCGAGAGGUUUCCUUUGGGAUGAAGGUUUUCAUCAUUUGCUCAUACGUAAAUUUGAUCCUGAACUCUCGCUGCAAAUAAUCUCAUCAUGGCUGAACACGAUGAAUGCACAAGGAUGGAUACCACGAGAGAUGAUCUUGAGUGGGGAAGAUGAAAUGUUGGUACCGAAUGAAUUUUUGAUUCAGCGGGAUAGUAUCGCCAACCCACCGAUGUUCUUCUAUCUGAUACAAAGAUUCUUAGAUGAUGAAGAGUUUAUGCGAAGUCAUCGUGAUGGUUUGGUACGACUAUAUGCACGUCUUCGUCUUUGGCACGCUUGGUUGAAUUCUACUCAAGUAGGGCCACAAGCAGGUACAUAUCGUUGGCACGGUCGAAAUGCAAGCACGGACUUGGAGUUGAACCCGAAAACGUUACCGAGUGGAUUGGACGAUUAUCCACGAGCAACGCAUCCAACCGAUCAAGAAUAUCAUCUGGAUAUUCGUUCGUGGAUGGCCGUCGCUGCCAAAACACUCUCACAGUUGGCCAUUCUCGCUGAAGAUGAGCUCGGUGCGGAAACUUAUCGUGCGGAUGCUGACUAUUUGCAAGAUAUUCAACUACUUAAUAAGUUACAUUGGAGUGAAACUUCAAAACGGUAUUGUGACUAUGGAUUACACAGCAGUCAUGUUGAGUUACGUCGUCAAAUGGAUAUGAAAGAAUUUCAGUCGAAGUCCCAAAAUCGAAAUAAUCCAAAUAUGCCACCACCUCCAAUGAAGCGUAUCGUUCAUGACACACCAAAACUGGGUUUAGUUGAGAAUACCUUCGGUUAUUUAUCGUUAUAUCCGGUCAUGUUGAAGUUGUUGCCUCACGAUUCAGACAAUUUACGGAUCAUCUUGGAGAAUUUACGUUCUGAAAAGGAUCUUUGGUCGAAAUAUGGCCUUCGUUCGAUAUCCAAACAAUCACCGUACUAUCAAGCGCAUAAUACUGAGCAUGAUCCACCGUAUUGGCGUGGUGCUGUUUGGAUCAACAUGAACUAUAUGAUGCUUUCUGCGCUAAAAUAUUACGCUUCAUUAGCAGGACCGAAUCAAGAAGUGGCGUUUCAUAUCUAUUCUCAAUUGCGCAAUAACGUUGUUGCAAAUAUGGUACGUGAAUUCAAACGUACUGGAUAUUUGUGGGAGAAUUAUGCAGACGACGAUGGACAAGGUCGCGGAGCACAUCCGUUCACUGGGUGGAGUUCGUUGGUACUUUCGAUAAUGGCUGAGCAGUACGACUGA